AUGUGCGUGGCACUUGCAGACCCUGCAGAAGCAUUAUCCGAUCAGAUGCUAGUUGCUGUGACGCUCCUAGUGCUCUAUGAAACGGUGAAUUUCAAUUCAGAUGAUAACCUCAGUUCGUGGGACAGACAUGUGGAUGGUGCUUUGGCAUUGGUAGAACUCCGAGGAAUUGGCCAGCUACGUAAUAGGAUCGGUCGAAGCAUUUUCCUCAAUCUGCGCACUGAAGUCCUUGUUAGUUGCCUUCAACGAUGGCUGGAUGUACCAGUAACACUGACAAAGUGGAUGAAUGAGGCUCGAAUUUUUGAGUCCGCAAAGGAGGUUCCUGCUGGUCGCUUGGCAGGAAUAAUUGUCAGCACAUGCGCUGUUCUUGCAUCAGUAAAGGAGAGGGUCGUGGACAAAUCGACCAUGUCUGGCUGUAUUUCCGCACUCCUGUCUAUUGAUAAAGCUCUAGAACGCUGGGCCAAAAGCCUCACGGCUGAAUAUGGGUAUAAGACAACAACAAUUCCAGAAAACUACGCAAACGCGUUUUUGGAACGACACUACUCAUAUUCCGGAAUCGAGAUCGCCCACACCUGGAAUUUGCAGCGAUGUGCGCGCAUUACUCUUCGCCAAGCACUUAUUGAGACACUGUCGCUACACAUCGGCUUACCGUCUUUUCAGUCGACAUUGUUCUCCUUAUCUUACCGAGAACUUCUCCAAACUUCAGAUAUUAUCAUACAGCAGAACUCAAGCGAUAUAUGCUACAGUGUCCCAUACAUUUUCCACUACUGUGAUAAACCAGGCAGAUCAGGUGAUAUGAGAGCUGCUUGUAUUUUGUCUCUAUUAUGGCCUCUUUACAUUGCAGGAACAGCACAUACUACCAUGAGCACCUCGCGCGAAUGGGUUGUAGUACAGCUGAAAAAGAUUGAAGAAAUCACUGGAAUUCAAAGAGCAAAGUCAAUGGCUCUGGAUAUACAAAAGAAGUCCAGAGAUCCGCCAAAGGCAUAA